AUGCGUAGUUUCCGGCCAUACUCGGAAGCACGAUUCCACGCUGAGACGGCUGGGGGUUACCAGCGGUGUGGGUUUUCUUAAAACUGCUCGCCGUGGAGCCAGUUUGCAGCCAACAUGUCUAGCAGAAACAACAACAAGCUUCCCAGCAACCUGCCGCAGUUACAGAAUCUGAUCAAGCGGGACCCGCCGGCCUACAUCGAGGAGUUUCUACAGCAGUAUAAUCACUACAGAUCCAAUGUGGAGAUUUUCAAACUACAACCAAACAAACCCAGUAAAGAACUGGCAGAGCUGGUGAUGUUUAUGGCACAGAACAUCCUAAAUAUGUGCAUAUGAAUAAUAGGAGAGAAAGAAAAACUUCAGAAGAGCCUUUGCUUUGUUACAGAUUGGUCACUGUUAUCCAGAACAUUUAAGCAACUUUCCUCAAGAGCUGAAAGAUCUUCUCUCCUACAACCACACUGUCUUGGAUCCAGAUCUUCGAAUGACAUUUUGCAAAGCUUUGAUUUUGCUGAGAAAUAAGAAUCUCAUCGAUCCAUCAAGUUUGCUGGAGCUCUUCUUUGAACUUCUGCGUUGUCACGAUAAGCUUCUGCGAAAGACUUUAUAUACUCAUAUUGUGACUGAUAUCAAGAAUAUAAAUGCAAAACACAAGAACAAUAAAGUGAAUAUAGUGUUACAGAAUUUCAUGUACACCAUGUUAAGAGACAGCAAUGCGACUGCAGCCAAGAUAUCUCUGGAUGUGAUGAUUGAGCUCUACAGAAGAAACAUCUGGAAUGAUGCCAAAACUGUCAAUGUGAUCACAACAGCGUGUUUCUCUAAGGUCACUAAGAUACUAGUUGCUGCUUUGACAUUCUUUCUUGGAAAAGAUGAAGAGGAGAAACAGGACAGUGACUCAGAAUCUGAGGAUGAAGGACCAACAGCAAGAGACCUGCUAGUGCAGUAUGCCACAGGGAAGAAAAGCUCCAAAAACAAGAAAAAGUUGGAAAAGGCUAUGAAAGUGCUCAAGAAACAAAAGAAGAAGAGAAAGCCAGAGGUGUUCAACUUUUCAGCUAUUCACUUGAUUCAUGAUCCCCAAGAUUUUGCAGAGAAGCUACUGAAGCAGCUCGAGGCCUCUAAGGAGAGGUUUGAAGUGAAGAUGAUGCUCAUGAACCUCAUCUCCAGAUUGGUGGGAAUUCACGAGCUUUUUCUCUUCAACUUCUACCCCUUUGUGCAGAGGUUCCUGCAGCCCCACCAAAGAGAAGUAACAAAGAUCCUUCUGUUCGCUGCGCAAGCAUCUCAUCACUUAGUCCCUCCGGAGAUCAUCCAGUCAGUACUCAUGACUGUGGCCAACAAUUUUGUUACCGACAAGAACUCCGGGGAAGUCAUGACAGUAGGAAUCAACGCUAUAAAAGAGAUAACAGCUCGAUGUCCUCUAGCCAUGAGUGAAGAACUUCUCCAAGACCUGACUCAGUAUAAAUCACACAAAGAUAAGAAUGUGACGAUGUCCGCUAGAACUUUGAUUCAGCUCUUCCGAACACUGAACCCUCAGAUGUUGCAGAAGAAACUCCGGGGUAAGCCUACAGAGGCCUCUGUAGAAGCAAGAGUGCAAGAAUAUGGAGAACUAGAUGCUAAAGAUUACAUUCCAGGAGCAGAAAUUCUGGAAGUUGAAAAAGAAGAAGAAAAUGCUGAAGACAAUGAAGAUGGGUGGGAAAGUGCCAGUCUCAGUGAGGAGGAAGAUGCCGAUGGCGAGUGGGUUGAUGUGCACCAUUCCUCGGAUGAAGAACAGAAAGAAAUCUCCGAGAAGCUGAACAGCUUGCCCCCGGAGGAGCGGAAAGCCAAAGCCGCAGCCGUCAGCACUAGCCGAGUUUUAAGUCAGGAAGACUUCCAGAAAAUCCGAAUGGCCCAGAUGAGGAAAGAACUCGAUGCUGCCCCCGGGAAGGCACAAAAGAGGAAGUGUAUUGAAGUAGACAGUGACGAGGAGUCCAGGGGUGAGUUACUUUCUCUUCGGGACAUUGAACGCCUUCACAAGAAGCCAAAGUCCGACAAGGAGACGAGGCUGGCAACCGCAAUGGCUGGCAGAACAGACCGAAAAGAAUUUGUGAGGAAGAAGACCAAAAUGAAUCCAUUUUCCAGUUCCACAAAUAAGGAGAAGAAAAAACAGAAGAAUUUUAUGAUGAUGCGGUACAGUCAUAGCGUCCGGUCAAAAACUAAGCGUUCCUUCCGAGAAAAACAGCUGGCGCUACGAGAUGCACUCUUGAAAAAGAGAAAAAGAAUGAAGUAACUUCCAAGCAAAUUUUCCAUUCCAAGGAGGAUGCUAAAUUUGUGUCAUUACUCUGAAAAUUAGUAAACUAAGAAUGUUUGUUUACAUUAAAAAUUCAGAAACACUAUAUUGUGAAAACCACAGUAAACUUGGUAGCUUUUGGUGUUCUUAUUUUAGAGAUGGCUAAUGGUUUGAAAUGAAAUAGUAAAUGGUGGUUUAAAGUGAUUUUCAUUUAGUAUUCAUGCCCCCCAAAAAGGAUAUAUAUAUAUAGAGAGAGAGAGAGAGUGCCUAUUAAUUGUCACUGAAGAUAUAAUGAACCAUAAUUCCUCACUCAAGGCAUUUAUAGCCUAUUUAUGGGAUGAGGCGCGAGGCAGGUGUGUAUAUGUGUAUUUACAGUGCAGUAUAAAUAGUUCUCUAGUAGAGAUAGGGCCAUGUUUCUGUGGGGUCACAGACACCUUAUGGACUAACUCUGCAGGGGAUGGGGGUUAUGUAUUCUCUUAAAACAGGACAAUGUUACAAGAGUAAGAGGAUCUUACUUGUAAAUAGGCUUACCUGCUGAAAACAGGUCCCUGCUGUACAGAUUUUGGAUAGACAAUUUAGCAUUUUUAGUCUUAUCCAAAAGACAUUUUUUUUAAUUCUAGCUGCAGGCUUUUUGGUUAAGACCUUGCUUUUUAAAUUGCCUUACGUAUAAAUAGUAAUGUUGGGGUGACUUAAGUUCAUCAUUUGGGCUGCCCACGCUUCCAUAGAGGAAAAAGAAAUCAGAUUGGUUUCCUCAGCCUUCCUUCACCCUGUAAAAUGUUCAGCCCACUAUUUCCCUUGUCUCAAUAAAAGGCUUCUUAUGUCAAAUAGGCGCUCUGUGUGCCGAGUGGUGUGUGUUGUCUCCCUUCCCCUGGCAUGCUUGAGAUUUCAGGGGACGUGAGAGCUGUGGUCAGUCUGUUUGUAAGUUGUUGCAUUUGGAAAUAGUUUGGUGCCUUUUGUCUCAGAUUUCUUGGAUAAUAUAUUGUGGUAGUUGGGAAAACUGCUUCAAAUGAGAGUAAAAGGCAAUUUUCUGUCUACUCAGCAUCUUCUAAAAUGACUUUUCUUGUUCCUUUUCUAGCAUCUUCUCACUUUCUGAGUUCAACUUCAGUUUUAUUUGAAUGAAACUUUGUAGCUUUCCCUAAGACACCCCAUACCACUAGGGAUUAGUUGUGAAGACCUUGAGGUUUAAUGAUUAAAUUGCACUGCCCUACCUAGGGAGAGGAGGCCUCAGUCCCCAGCAACUUCAGCGUUUCACAGGAAGUGUCUGGUGCAGAUGUAGAUCUCAGACUUGCAACUGGUGGUUUUUUUUUUUUUUUUGGUCAUUUUUGAACUGGGUAUCUCUUUAGAUGUAUAGCUUCAGAGAGGUAAUUAAAUUCAAAAUGGCCUAGCAGCUAGGGUCCGUAACUUUGCUGUGUGAAUUGUGAUAGUGCGUGGAACUUUUGUCCUUCCCCUAGACUUUCCCACCCCUUAGCUGCUAAGAGGCCAGAGUCCAUUCUGUGUUCUGACUUCUGUUUUUCUACUGUGGUUUCACCCGACUCAUAACUGAAGUUUAUAUGCAAGCUAAAUAUCUGGCUUGAAAAGCUAUAGCCUUAACUUUUAUUUCUUUAAUCCCAUAGUAUCUUAUUCCCAUCUGAUUCCUUUUAUUGUUUUAUAAAUCUUCUCUUGAGAAUAUCUUCUGUUUACUCUGAAUUUGGAGUCAGAGUCUCACAAGGCUAGAUACUGCCAGCAAAGUCACAGUGACCUUUCAGGGUGACUUUUACCUUGACAAAGUCACAGGGUUUGAGCUUCAGCUUUUUAGUCUUAAAUUUUUAUCAACACUGAGAAUGGGGCCAUUUCAGGGAUGAACUCACAUUGUCCAAGCUUAUAAUGUAUAUAAAGUAAUGUAUAUAUCUAGAAUGCUGAUACAUUAUUUAUAUGUUCUCAGCAAGUUCCACCAGAAAAUCUGCUCCAGAGAAGACAGAGUCUGUUCUGUGCUCUGUCCCCAGUACUAGUCCAGUGCCCAGUAUGUAGCUCCUCAACAGGUAUUUGAACACCUCAUAUAACUCCUAACUGUCAGUCUUUUCUCUGCAAAUGACAUACCGCCUACCUCAUCGAUUGGGUGUGAACCAGUGUUUAUAAGCAGUUAGCGUGGUGUUUGCCACAGAGUAGUAAAUUUCUCAUCAAAGAUUGGAUGUCUAUUAAGUUAUUAUUUUAUAUUUUGCUUAAUUUACUUGAAACAACAAUUGCAGUUACUACAGAUAUUUGUUUUACCCCUUAUACAUUUUGGGGGUACUAGUUUGAAAUACGAAAAUGUAUACUGAAUGCUUACCAUGUUGCAAACACAGUGAUCAUGCUGUAUAGAAAUUUGUAAUCCAGUGAAGGAAACAGACUUACGAAAUGACUAUUUUUUUAAAAAUCCACUUACAGAACUAUCAAAAAAGGCACAGUACAGGGCUAGGGGCAUCCUGAGGAAGGGGCAGUUUAGCUGCAGAAGGAUGAAAUGCCCACUCACUAACACACUGAUACAUAUGAUGAACAGGGCUGCAGUAGGAGAUAAAUUCCUGAAUAACAAGAGAAAAGUUAGGGUUUAAAAGUUGGUAUGGAGGUUGGUGGUAUAGCUCAGUGGUAGAGCGUGUGCUCAGCAUGCUCGAGGUCCUGGGGUCAGUCCCAGUACCUCCAUUAAAAAAUAAAAAGUUUGUAUAAUUUUUAAAGGUUACAAUUAAUAUAAAUUUUGUUUUCAUUAUCUCAUAUCCUAAUUCUUUGAAAAUUUAUGAUCUAUAUAGAGUGUUACAUGGCAACUCAGUAUUGACCAGCAGGUUUAUGUUCAGACUAUUUUAGAUAAACACAUUUUGAAACUAUUCUACCAAGUGACAAUACAGUUCUUCCAAGUGACAUCCUUUAUUGUAUAAAAGUGAAACUUAAAGUUAACUACUGCUUACAUAUUUUGAGAAUAUUUUAUGAGUUUUUUUAAAAUCUUGAAUAGGAAGGUAAGACAGUGAGGUGGAGCUUUUUAUCUUUUAUAAGAAAAUGACAUUUUCCCUCCUGUUACAGAGCAUUUGAUAUGGAAGCAAGAACAGAGAGCAUAGCUAAUUCUGUACUGUUUAAAUAUUGUAUAUUUGUAUAGGGCAUUCCUUAUGUGGUAAUUUUACUUCUUUCUACAGAUUCUGCUUUUGAUGUUUUGUCAGUCUGGAAGUGGUUAAAUAAAUGUGAUUUAUCCACAUGAUGGAAUACUGUGCAGCCAUUAAAAUGUUUAUAACAGGAAUUACUUACUGUGAAUGAGAACAAAAUAUAUUUAUACUAUUAAAAUUACACAUGUAAGAAAAUGGGGAAUAAUAGAAGCCCAAGAAGAAAGCCACCAAAUAUUAAAGUGAUUUUCUUUGGUAUCAG